AUGACAUUAGCUACUGAGUUCGCCGAGACUACACGUCGUUCAGCUACUAAUUCUGAAUUAAGAUUGAGAGUUUUGCACUUAUACCGUAAAUACAUGAGACAUUCCAGAGAUUUUUGUGAUAUUUAUGAGUUGGAUAUGCCAGUUUCCAACGUCAAGACCAAGAUUAGACAAGAAUUCGAAAGACAGAGAUACGUCAAGGACUUGCCAGUGAAUAACGUGUUAUUGAUGAAAGGACAAAUGGAAUUCCAAGAGUUGAUCAAUUUCUGGAAACAACAGUGCCAUGUUAUGAGAUACUUUGAAGAUCAAAGUGACUACGGAGUGGUUGACAAGAACGAUUUUGUUAGAAAUUUCUUGAGAGGCAAUUAG